AUGUCUGAAGCAAUUCCCGAAACUCGUGCCCGUGGCUCCUCUUUCACUCAAAACAAGCCCAAGGUGCUUAGACCCUUCAAGACAUCUGAAGUCAAAAUCUUGUUGUUGGAAAAUGUCAAUGCCACUGCUGUGGAUGCUUUCAAGAAGCAAGGCUAUCAGGUUGAAACUUUCUCCAAGGCUUUGGUGGGUGAUGAGUUGAUCAGCAAGAUUAAGGAUGUACACAUUAUCGGUAUUCGCUCCAAGACAAAGCUCACCAAGGCUGUCUUGGAUGAAGCAAAGAACCUUUUAGGUAUCGGUUGUUUCUGCAUUGGUACAAAUCAAGUGGAUCUCAAGGCUGCUGCAGACAAGGGUAUUGCUGUAUUUAAUUCUCCCUUUAGUAACUCCAGAUCAGUCGCAGAGUUAGUCAUUGGUGAACUGAUCACACUCGCCCGUCAAUUAGGCGAUCGUAACACAGAAAUGCACCAGGGUAUUUGGAAUAAGGUCUCCAAGAACUGCUACGAGAUUAGACACAAGGUAUUGGGUAUUGUUGGCUAUGGCCACAUUGGUGCACAACUCUCUGUCUUGGCUGAAGCCAUGGGUAUGACAGUCUACUUUUACGAUAUUCAACAGAUCAUGCCUCUCGGUCAAGCCAAGCCUGUAGAGUCCUUGGAGGAGCUGUUGGCCAUCUCUGAUUUUGUGUCUCUUCAUGUGCCAGAGACGGAAGACACAAAGAACAUGAUUGGCGAGCGUGAAAUCAUGAACCACAUGAAGAAGGGAUCCUAUCUCUUGAACAAUGCUCGUGGUACCGUGGUCCAAAUUGCUGCUCUUGCAAAGGGCUUGCAAUCUGGCCAUCUUGCUGGUGCUGCCAUUGAUGUCUAUCCCAAGGAGCCUGCUGCCAAUGGUCCCAACUUUAAUGACUACCCUGAUUUAUUGUCUGCCAACAACUUGAUCAUGACUCCUCACAUUGGUGGUUCCACUGAAGAAGCCCAAAGCAUGAUUGGUAUCGAGGUUUCCACUGCUUUAACCAAGUUUAUUAAUGAAGGCUCUUCUCUUGGUGCUGUCAACUUUCCUGAAAUCGAUUUGCGUGCUAUUUCUCAAGACGACAAGGACACUGUCCGUGUUCUCUACAUCCACCGCAACAUCCCCGGUGUCCUCAGAGCCAUCAAUGAGAUUUUCGCUGAGCACAAUGUCGAAAAGCAAUAUUCUGAUUCAAAGGGUGAGAUUGCUUAUGUGAUGGCAGAUAUCUCAAAUGUUACACAACAACAUUUGGAAUCACUUUACAAUGCUAUUGUUGCUACUCCUGCUAAUAUCAAGACCCGUGUUCUUUAUUAA